UGAGCUGUGCAAACAUAAUGCAUGUAUUAUGCAGAUCGAUAAUACGGCUGAUACACCAAGACCUGGCAUAGAUGACAUCACACUGCAUGCAUGCUGUUGUAGCGGCCAUUUUCGCGGAAUUAUAUGUAAUAUCUGUGUCUGUGUGAAAAGAUGCCUCCGUUGUAAUGUCCCUAAUCUCAGAGUAGUGUUCAAAUCGUCAUUUUUUUCAACGAUCAUUGUUGUCCAGGAGAGGGUAAUUAUUAGGCUAUUUUUAUAAAGGAGUCAGUGCACAGGAAUUCAUUCAAGAGUUUUUAUAUACCUGUUUUGAUUUGUAUUCGGUAAUCGGAUGAUUUCUAUCGAUUAAGGAAUAAAAUAAACGGAAAAGAGAAAUCGGAAUCAGACAUCGAUGAAUCAUACGAUUUAAUUCAUUGACAGAAUGAAUGAAGAUAAGCUCUAGCUCUGACACAUCAGUUCGAAUUUCCUCGCCAUGGCGUCUCACACACCGGACUACUAUCUGCGGGAAUAUGGAAGUGAUCAAGUGCCCCUAAGUUUAGGAGCCUUACAACUGGAACCAGCAGACCGAGCCGUUCUAAAAAUCGCAGAUGAAAGGGAUGCAGUCCAGAAAAAGACCUUCACCAAAUGGAUAAACAAGCAUCUCCUGAAGUGGUCUCCCCUUCCUGUUGACUACAUGCAGCAUUGGAGGUUUUCACAGGCGGGCAGAAGAGUGAUAGACUUAUUUGAAGAUCUCCGAGAUGGACAUAACCUGAUCUCGCUGUUAGAAGUCCUGGCCCACGAUACACUGCCCAGGGAAAAGGGUCGCAUGAAAUUCCAUAAAAUACAGAAUGUACAGAUAGCCCUAGAGUACCUUAGUAAGAAAGGAAUUCGGCUGGUGAACAUUCGGUCUGAUGAAAUAGUGGAUGGAAACCCAAAGCUGACCCUUGGCUUAAUCUGGACCAUCAUUCUACAUUUCCAGAUCUCAGAUGUGGUCGUGUCAGGACAAGAAGAUCUCUCUGCAAAAGAAGCCCUGCUUCUCUGGAGUAGACGGACAGUUGAAGGUUACCCAGGGGUCAAGGUCAAAAACUUCACCAGCAGCUGGCGAGAUGGACGGGCAUUCCUUUCAAUCAUACAUAGACACAGACCUGACUUGGUGGAUUUUCGGAAGGUACAGAUGCGUACAGCGAGACAGAACCUAGAGCAGGCCUUCAGUGUAGCAGAACAAGAGUUUGGGGUCACAAGACUAUUAGAUCCCGAAGAUGUGGAUGUCCCUGAACCUGAUGAGAAAUCUGUGAUAACCUACAUUUCUUCAUUAUACGAUGUCUUCCCCGAUGUUCCCAGUGUAGAAGAAACUCUCAGGGACAAUGAACGACAACUGAAGAUAGACGAGUACAGAGAUUUAGCCUCCUCUCUGAUUACUUGGCUUCAACAAACAAUAAUAAUGAUGAAAGAGCAAAAGCUUCCUUCCACUCUUAUAGAAAUGAAAACUCUGCAGGCAGAGUGUAAUAAGUUCAAAAUUGAAGAGGUCCCACCACGGUUGGAAAUGAAGAAGAGACUAUUCCACAUUUAUGAUGAAAUUCAGGGUUUCCAAGGAGGUACAGCUUACUUAAAUAUACCAGAAGAAAUUCGACCUGAUAGUAUGAACAGAUUCUGGGAAAGGUUUAUUCUACAACAACAAGAAAGAGACAACUACAUACAGUCUGAAAUCAUUAGACUAGAGAGACUACAGAGAUUAGCAGAGAAGGUCCACCGGGACUGUAAACACUGUGAGGACAGUCUGGAGGACAUCGGUCCUCGUAUCCGAGAGGAGCAGACCCGCGUGGAUAAGAUCCACCCCCUGGAAGCCAAGCGUAACUGUGACGCCAUCGACAGGGCCCUCCAGAACGUGGAGGAAAUGGUCAGGAGCUCAUUCAGGGACAUACAAAUGCUGCAGGAAGGAAGAUUCGCCACUGGUGAUCAGCUCUACAGAAGGGCGUCUUCAAUCCAGUCCCGAGUGUCAGAACUGAGGACUCUGUUGUUUAGUGAGGUCAUCCAGAAACUCAUCAGCAAGUCCUAUGUAGAGGAGACCUCCACUCUCACCAAGAAAAAGGAAAUUGUCACAGAAAUCCGUCUGAUUGAGACCAACCCAGCCUUUCAGCAUGUGCAGGAGUGCUUAAACUGGAUAGAAAGUAGACAGAAAUCUCUGGAGAAUGCUGAGUUCGGAGGUGACCUUGACACCGUUCAGAGUCUGGCAGAGGAGCACGAUCAGCUUCAUCAGGAAGUCCAGGGAUUCCGACGCGAGGUCGAGAGAUGUAUCUCAGAGGGGAAAUCUUUACCUUCAGAAGAGAAAAAAUUAUACACCCAAUGGUUGUCAAAGAUGGAAGUAGCAUAUUCUUUGUUAGUCAACACAUCAACCCGGAGACACAAGUGCCUGGAAUCUCUACACGAGUUCCUGCAGUCAGCCACACAGGAGCUUCUGUGGCUCAAUGAGAGAGAGGAGCUGGAACUGAGUCGAGACUGGAGCUCACCGGAUGCAGAUAUGGACCAGACGGACUCCGCAUACAAGGAUUUUUAUGGCUAUGGGGCACUAUCCAAAGAGACAAUUCUACAUGAGUUGGAGGCGAGAGAGACCCAGUUCAACUCGGUCCAGGAUCGAGGGUCUGCUAUGGUGCUAGACAGACACCCAGCAUCUGAGAGCAUCAGGGCUUACAUGGAGGCCAUGCAGUCCCAGUGGUCCUGGUUGAUCCAGCUGACAGUGUGUUUAGAACAACACGUGAAAUUUAAGGCUCUCUACCACCAGUUCUUCAAGGACUGUAAAGCAUGUGAGGAGGACAUGGACAGACAGCAGGAAAUGUUAUCAUCCAGGUACAGCCAGGAACACCUGGAUCCUGACGAGGCCAAACAGAGGGUUAAGGAGCUCCAGGAGUUACAGAAACACCUGACCAGCCUACAGCACCAGGUGGAGGGCCUCAUACACAGGAGUGGGGAGGUCCCACCCCUCCAUCUCAGGUCCUCCAGGGUCCAAAGUCCAGUCAGGGUCCAGUGCUUGUGUACUUACAGACAACCAGAGUUGUUAUUGGAGAAAGGCAUGGACUGUCUUCUAUUGGACAACAGUGAUGGUGUCCGCUGGACAAUUCGUAACAGCAGUGGUCAGGAGGGCAGAGUUCCUGCUGCCUGCUUUGUCAUUCCUCCUCCCAAUCACAAUGCUAUACAAACAGCACAAAGCCUUAAAUCCAAAUUAGAGAAUCUAUUAGGCAAAUGGAAACUACAAUACAGAACAAUGAGAUACAACAUGGUCCUUGCUACAAUGCACAAAAUGAAAUCAUGGGACCUGAAGCAGUUUAUGCUGCUGGAUCCCUCUCGAAGAGAAGCAUUUUGGAAAACUCUGAAUGACGACACAAAUUCCUUAAUGAGAGAAGUUGGUGAGUCAUCUCCAGAAAUGAGGAAACUGCGAGAAGAGCUAGCCAACUGUAACCAGAUCUUUCUCAGUCUUUCAGCCUCAGCCAUGGAGUAUGAAAUAAAUGAGAAUCAGUCUCCAGAAGUGACAUUACUACAAGAUUUAGAUGCUCUAAGCCAUGGACUGAAAUCAUGUGAUCAGUCCCAUGUCUCCUUGGAAACUGCAGUGUGGGACAGGUCUUCCAUAAGGCAUGCAUUAGAACAACACAGAGCUUGGGAAAGAAUGUUUCGAACAUAUGAGGGAGACUUAGAAAGAGUUCGGAAAGUUUAUGCCACACUACCAAGGAGAAGUCAUAGUUUAGAGGUCAAAUAUGCAGAGGUCAUGCAGAAAUGGGACCAGAUGCUAGUAACAGCAGAAACUAACAAUGAAAGAUUAAGAGCAGUAGAUUCAGUGCUGUCAGGUGUAGAUUCCAUGAAACCUGUCGUUGCUGAUUUUGAAAUUGCCCUGGUUUCCCAGGAUACUAUGACCUCAGACCCUAUGAGUCUGCAGCAACUUAGAGAGGAACUGCAGGAUUUGAGCAAAUCCACUCAGAAACACCAGCCAGUAAUUGCCAAACUCCAGACUGAGAUGACAUCACUGGCCUCUAGAGAGGGCAGUUCCCAGACACACACACCCUACAACAUGAACCUACUAGAAGAGGAGGUGACGGCCAUUAAACAACGCUGGGACAGUGUCUGCCGUCAAGUGUCUGAAAGGCUGCAGAGCACAGAGGUGGCCGGAGAUAUGUUGUUGAAGUAUACAACUGGUAUCCGUGGUGAGCAGACAUUUGUAUCAGAAAUGCAGAGGGCCAAAGACAGACAACCCCCACUGUCUUAUGAAAUAGAGGAACUGAAAACAUGCAUCGAACCAACAAUGGCAAUUUACAACAGCCUAGGAGAGGAGCAGUACCAGAUAGAGGCUGUAAACAAACAUGGUGGACAAUUCAUCAGAGAGGCUAAGAUUUACGAUCGGAGGUUAAAGCAGUAUAGGAGCAGUCUGGAGGACAUUGAUGCUGCAUUAAUUCAGGGAAUCAACAAACGAUUCAAACGGCAGGAUGGUGCGGAAGUUAUAAAAAUAGAACUAGAUGAACUUAACCGACAGUACAUAUCCCUGAUCCAGUGGACCAAGGACAGGCUUAGAGAGAUUACUCGUAGACUCUCCGAAGCCAAUGUCAACAUUCAGUUUCAGAUGGUUAUUGAUGACGACAUUCCACUACUUAGGACUUUCAGAAGUGAACUUGCCAAGCGUUCCUCUGUUUUAAUGGAUGAGGACAUGCAGGGGUUCUUUGAGGAGUUGUCUGAGUAUGAGGGAUAUACAGGCACCCCAGGCCAGUUCUACGGAGUAACUCCAAGACAAUUCACUGCUAAAGCAACAGCAACAAUGACAUUCCAAAGACCAGAAGUGUCUGAGCCUUUUUCAAGGAUCAAAGUCACUAAAAUGGAGACUGUACCUGAUAAACCAGUUCAGAAGCCGUUAGAAGUUCAUGUGAAGAGCCGAGCAAUGACUUCCCUUCCAGAGCAACAGAAAAGACUGUCAUUAAAACUAGCUAGCAUGACAGGAGUGAAAGCUCCACAGUCCACACAAGAAAUGGGAAGGAAGCUUCCAAAGGUAUCUCAGACUCUUUUGACUGUGAAACAAGAAAGUGUGGCACCUACUUCACCAUUCCUACACAUACCUGGUGUUCUGAACACCAAAACAAACAUGAAGAUGACUCUUAGAGAAGCAUUACAAACUGGAUUAUUUGAUCCAAAGACUGGAUGCUACUGUGAUCCAAGAAGUCAAAGAAAAUUAUCAUAUUCAGAAGCAUGUCAAUCUGGAUUAAUCACAAGAGAACUAAGAGGAGAAUUAGGAAAGUCAUCUGGAAUGCUGAAUGUGUUAACAGGAAGGCCAUUCACUGUUCUGGAAUCCAUACAGAAAGGACUGUUUGAUCCUGUACAAGGAACUAUAAGAGAUCAUUCCACAGGGAGACAUGUAGCUGUCCAUCAAGCUGCAGCUCAAAAUGUUAUUCCAAUGGAAGUCGCAGAGAGACUGAUCGGACCUGAAGUUUCAGUGACAACAAUAUCUCAGUCUCAGGCAAUAUUUGGUGAGGGCAGUCUAGAAAUAGUUGAUGUUCCAUUGAGCUUAGCUGAAAUGGUAGAAAAAGACUUUUAUAACUCUGCAACUGGCAAGCUACAAGAUCCAAUUUCAGGAGCCCAGUUGACUAUAAUUGAUGCAGUUGAAAAGGAACAUGUGAAUCCAUCCAAAAGAGAAAUCAAAGAUUCAGCUAGUAAUGAGUAUGUUACAAUUGUCGAGGCAGUUGGAAAAUCCCUUCUUGACCCAGAAGCUGGAUUGUUCAUUCUAAAAUCAGAACAAGUAAAACUUCAACUUGAUGAAGCAUAUGAAAGACAGAUUCUCAACAGACCACUUACUCUUCCUAGAAUGGUCAGAGAUGGCCUCCUUAGUGACAGAGGACAGGUGACCAAUCCAAGAACAGGAGAAACGAUGUCCUUCUCUGAUGCCUUGGAUAUUGGACUGAUAGAUGAUAAUGUAAAGUGUGUUGUGAACCCUAGGACAAAUGAUAUCCUCUCUGUUUCUGAAGCUAUUGAGCAAGGCUUCCUUGAUUCCAGAGGUUUAUUUGUUUCACCUGGAGCUGCACCAGCUGUUGCGAUAUCAGAAGCCCUUGUCCAGGGAUACUUGAAGCUUGUAGAAGAAGAAGUUGUCUUCCCUAAACCUUGUGUAUUAGAUACUAGAAAAGGGAUUAAAGUUACAGUGCCUGAGGCUUUGAGACACAAUCUCAUUACAAGUUCAGGAGAGUAUGUAGACACCAGUUCAAAUCGAAGAAUUCUUCUUGGUGCAGCAGGAAGUCAAGGAUUAGUACACAAAGAUAUGGUUGAGAAACUUAUGAGAGAAACCUCUUUGAAAGAUGCCACCAAUAAAAACAUUUCAUUCAUGCGAGCAAUUCAGAUUGGAAUGGUCGAUGUUAAAAAAGGCCAGAUUUGUGACUUUAAGACUGGAGACAUGAUGGAUAUGCAGAAAGCUGUUACAGAGGGACUGAUUUCAAGUGAAGAUGCAGAGUGUUUGAUGGAAGUCCUGAGUUCAGCCGUUACACAUACAACUGUGAUAACCAAAGUCCAACCUAGUUCUGAAGAACCCAAUAUUGAACCAAUGACAGUUUCAGAAGCUAAACAACAAGGUCUGAUCAAUGAAUAUACUGGGGAAUUCAGAAUUCCAAACACUGGUGCUACAAUGCCAAUUGAGGAAGCAAUUGAAAAGGGAUACCUUAUCCCUGAUAUAGAAGAGGAGAAUGAGUAUAUUGUAGAAGAAAUGGAUGAUCAACCUAUGGAAGAACUAGAUGAAGAGGCCAGAUGGCUGAAAGAAGUUUCACUUAAGCAUGCACAGCUUUCACCUGGAGCCUCAGCAACUGAUUCGAAAUUGAUGAGGAAAGGAGACACAGGUUUCUCAUUUACAACCACAACUGUUUCUAGACCUGUAGUAUCAGAAAGUGUUGUAACAGAGACAAGACACCUAGCUGUACAGAGUGCUCUGGAUCCACGAACAAAAGAACGUAUAUCUGCCCAGGAAGCUGUUAAAAGGGGUCUACUGGACAUGAGAAGAGGUCAUUUUAUCCAUCCUACAACAGGCAAGAAACUAACCAUUGUUGAAGCUAUUAAUCAAGGAUUUUUAACUGGAAAGGAAGUGGAUGAGGUUGAUGCCCAAGAAGGAUCUGCAAUCAGUGAUGUCAAGUCAUUUUCAAUCACAGGAGUUAUACACCCCAGAACCAAUCAGAAGAUAACAGUUAGCCAGGCCACAAAAGAAGGAAUCCUCCACUGUGAUAAAGGGCUUUAUAUUGGUAGAGAUGCAUUUGGAAGGGAGAAACCCAUGAAAAUUAGUGAGGCUGUAACUGCUGGCUUGAUCUUUGCAGAUACAGUCAUGGAAGAUGCUCCAUCAACAGCAGAACUGAUAAGAGAAACCAAGCAAUACACAAUUAAAAGGGUUGUUCAUCCUCACACAAAGAGACAUGUUCCAGUGAUAGAAGCAGUGAGAGAAGGAAUAAUAGAUGAACACAAUGGCAUUUAUCAUGACUUUAGAACUGGAGAGAAACUAACAAUCAUAGAAGCCAUGGAGAGGAAGUUGAUUGAAGCAGAACUAACAUCAGUCAGUUCUAAUACAGAGGGUGGUGGAAACAAAAUUAUCACCACCAAACUGACAACUCUGAUGGUGUCUUGGGUAGUGGAUCCAAGAACUGGAGAAACAAUUCCCAUUUCAAAAGCCAUCGAGGAUGGAAUAAUUGACCAACAUAAGGGUUGCUAUCAUAAUCUUGUUACUGGUGAAACAAUUUCCAUGAAUGAUGCCAUUGAGAGAAAACUAGCAAUUGCUAAGUCCUCAACCCAGGAUUCCAGUGAUAGUGGUAGCAUUCAUAGCAUUCACAUUACUGAUGAACAAGAAUCCUUCGAAGCUACAUUGGUGGAGGAUAUUCACUCUGAAACUGUGACAUUUAGCAUAAGCAGUGUCAUUGAUCCACAGACAAUGGAAAUGAUUUCCUAUGAUGAUGCUGUUGAAAAAUACAUCUUAGAUAUUUCUAAGGGAGUUUAUCGUAACCCUGCAACUGGUGAGGAGAUUCCAAUCAAUGAAGCAUUGAACAAAGGACUGAUUCAUGCAGACAUCACAGGAAAGAAGAGAGAAGAGGAGCUGAUGAGAAGCGCUUUUGUAGCCGAAAAGAUUGACUUCCCACUAAAAAAUGUUACAACUGUGAGAGAUCCCAAAACAGGAAUGGAGAUGUCUGCAAUAAGAGCUAUCCAGUUUGGAUUGGUUGAUCUCGAGGAUGGUAUGUUCUUAGACACAAGGACAGCCAAACGCAUUCCACUUAAGUCUGCUUUGAGACAAGGGUUCAUUACAUUAUCUAAAACAACUGAUCCAGCAGAGAUUGAAAGACUGCAAAAUGAAUCCUCUGAUUCCAUUCAACCACCUAAGUUUUCAGAAAAUGGACUUUCACCAUCAGUGGUGGACAUGAAACUUGAGAAGUCAGGCACCAGAGAAAGCAAGACUUCAGUAUCUACCUGUGCAGAUGAGGUCCUGAACUACACAACAGACAUUGAACAGAGCAUGGAUGCAAGUUUUAACAAUGAUGACUCUCUAGAUGGUAGGGUUGUGUUUGAAUUUUCUGACAAGUUGCAAAUGGGAAGAGGUGCUCAAGGCAUUGGAAUUGAAACAUUGUCAGUCCCAAAAGGAUUCUCUUACACUGAAGCUGUGAAAAUAGGACUGGUGGAUCCAACAUCUGGAAAAGUUCGAGACCCAACUACACAUAAGCUGAUAUCCCUGCAAGAAGCCAUGAUGUCAGGGAUCAUUAACCCAAAGAAACCAGCAUUAGUGACAAAGACAGGAGACCAUCAACUUACUCUGCAAGAUUGCAUCAAAGAAGGAUAUAUUGACCCAAAAACAGGAAAGUUGAACUUUGGAAAGUGUGGAGAAGAAGAAAUUGUUGUAAGCCCUCAUUUCACUUCACAGUUUUCCAAACCAGGGCCACUGAAUUUACUGGAUGCUGUGAGAGCUAACUUAUUUGAUGAAAUAACAUGCACUUUCCUUGAGCCUCUGUCUGGAAACAGAUUUACACUACAAGAGGCAUUGAAUAGAAAUGUGAUUGAUGGAAAUCUUGUGACUGUAGAAAACUCAGAGACUGGAAGAAGACUAUCUCUUAAGACUGCAUUACGUCAAGGAUGGAUUGAUGGUUCAACAGCAAAUGUGAAAGACUUUGCCUCCAAGACUACAAUUUCUCUAGUGGAAGCUGUGGAUAGAGGACUGAUUGCUAAUGCUAUUGAUGAAGUGUCUGGUACUUUGUAUGAUUCCAUAUCUGGAAAAGAAAUUCCCUUGGAAAAAGCACUGACAGCUGGACAAGUGAAGAAAGAUGAUGUAAUGGUAUUGGACAAAAGGACUGGAGAUCUGGUAACUCUAGAGACAGCAUUCAAAAAAGGACUUAUCCAGAGAAAUUCUGGUGUUGUUUUGAAUACUGCUACUGGAGAGAAGAUGAAACCCCAAGAUGCCAUAAAGAUGGGUUUGCUUGCUGUUGUUGGUGCACCAGUGCUUGGUGGAAUGGCUCUUUAUGAUGCUAUAUCAAAGAAUCUCUCCCAGCCAGAAGCAGUCAGUACUCCAAAAUCAACUAUGGAUAGGCACAGAAAACCUUCAGAGAUGGCAGAGGAGCACCUAGAAAUUCACGGACCAAAAACUAAUGGCCAUGCUGAGACACAAGCAAGUAACCGCUCAGAAAAAGUAACCAUGAAAAUGGAGAAAAUGACCCCACAAACAACUGUUGUGUUUGCAAAGCCAGGAGAUAAUAUCCAACCUUCACAACCAUCCUGGACACCUGAGAAAAAAGAUGAUUCAUUCAACCGGAGCAACUUGGUAAGUGAGGAACAGAUUACUGAAGAUGCACAAGAAAUAUUCAAACGGAUGAGAGAAAAAGAUACCAAAACAGGAGUUAGAUUGCCUACUAACCUUUCUACCCUUGCUUCUCCUAAAUCUCCAGCUUUCCAAUUUCCUCCUUCUGCUUCUGAUCAGGUAAUGGAUUUCCCUCCCUCUGCUUCUAUAUCUGAAACUAUUUUGCAAGAAGCUCCUCCUCCUUCUCCUUCCCCUCCUCCUACUAUUCUUUCUUCUCUAACUAUCAAAGAUGACAUUACGGUCGAUUGGCCUGCUGGAAAAGUUAUUGUGAAAGACUCCGGAGAAGUUGUCAAUGUAGCUGAAGCUGUUCAGAAAGGAUAUCUGGAUUCAGAAACUGUGGAAAAAUUAGGCGAGGCUGCACUUAUUGAAUCAAAAUCACCUGACAUUGAGAUAAAUUGGAAUGAUGGAACUGUAACUGUGAAGGAAACAAGAGAGAAAAUAUCUAUAGAUGAAGCUCUGAAGCGUAAAUAUAUAAAUGUGCAUAUUCAUGAAACUCUGAAAACGGUGAUUGAAAAGAUAGAGGAAAUCAAGAAAACAAGAAAAGUUUCACCACAAGAAACUGUAACAAAAGUGAAAAGGAGUUUUGUAACAGCACAUGCAGAACAACCACAAGUGACACCCCUUAUUAAAAAACCUCAAGUGUCAACCAUGACAACUGAAAGGCAACAAGUUCUGAAAACAAACAUGUCAGAGGUGCACAUUCCGCGUGAUGAUAGAUGGCAAGAACAUACAACAACAAAAGAAACGGCAUAUGUUGUGCAUCACCAACCAAGCCCUCCUGCUUUCAACCAGGAUGCACAGAGAACCACAACAAAAGAAAUGGCUUAUGUUGUCCAUCACCACCCGAGCCCUACUCUAUCACAAUCUAAAGAAAUAUCUGAAUCAUUCAGACAUGAGACCUUUUCAGAGGGUCCAUGGUCGCUGAAUGAGCUUGUGCAGAAUGAUAGAUGUACAACAUUUGAUGGAAGGAUCUAUGUCCCACACUACAGUGUCCCCAUUACAAUCCAGGAAGCUAUCAAUCGCCACUUUCUAAACAUUGAUACAUCAUGUAUCAUCGAUCCUCGAACUGGAGUAGUUAUCAACUUGUGGGAGGCAAUGAAGAAGAACAUCAUAGAUGCUGAGACAGGAAUCAUCAUUCACACAGGGACUGGUGAGAGGAUAACUUUGAAGGAAGCUGUUUAUGAAGGUUUGAUCCCACAACCAGGCUACAGCUAUACAUCAUUCAGUGAGGAAGUAGUGGGACUCACUGGUGGAUCUCUACAUCUCACCUGGAAAGAUGCGGUGGAUCAGGGACUUCUGAACCAGAAGAUGAACACCUUCCAACAUCCUUACACCAAAGAGGUGAUGUCUAUUUCUUCAGCUGUUGAGCUUGGACACAUUUAUCAUCCAGGAAAAGAGAAAGUUACCAUUGAAACAACAGAGCUUCAGCUGAAGCCAAUGAAACUGAGUACCAUUAGUGUGGGUAACACUGUGUCAUUUACUGAUGCCAUUCAGUAUGGAUUGUUAGACUUAGAAAGCAACCGAUUUACAGAAACAGAUACAGGUACCCAAAUGUCCAUUCAAGAAGCUAUUAAGAGUGAGAAGAUCAAUCCUCUGGUUGAAACAACAACAACAGAGACUAGGACUGAGAAGAUGACACUCACUUAUGCCAUUGAUCAUGGAUAUUUCAAUGAGCAAACAGGAGUAUUCACUGACUCAAAGACAGGACAAACAUUUACAUUGCAAGAAGCAAUAAGCCAUGGCUACAUUGAUGGGGAAAGUCAAAUAUAUGAUGUGGAAGGCAAGAGGUUUAUGACAGUAAAUGAAGGUCUGAAGCAUGGGCAAAUUGAUAAGAAAACUGGAAAAUUGAGAUAUAAAGAAAUAGAGCAAUAUUCCUUGAAAGAUGCAGCUAAGAUGGGAUUGAUUGCUUUUAUUGGAGGACCAAUUUUAGCGGCCUCAAAAAUUCAGAAAGUCAUGACUGGCAAAAGAACCAAAUCAAAAUCUUCCCCUGAGGGUUCCCCUAGCAAGAAAGAUGAAGUAUUUUUUGAUACAUUCCCAAGAGUUUCCAGCCCUCGCAUGAUUGAAGCUUCCCCUAAAGUUGAACAGCAUGCUCCAAAACAACUAACAUACUACCCUGAUUCUACUAACAGUCUUCCUUUACUCAAAAAAGAAACAUCUUUGAAACUUCACUCCACAGUGGUAGAUUUCAUUUCUCCUGAUGUAUUGGAAAUCACACAGUACACACACCACAGGGAUGAUUCAGUCAGUAAAAACACUAGUAGGAUUAAAGUGGAAUCGGUGAGAGAUCUUGGAACAGGCAACAACAUUCCUCUACACAUUGCAGUUGAUAGAGGAAUCAUUGAUACUCAUGAGGGAAUCUUCAGGAACACAUUGACUGGGCGUACCUUCAGUAUUACAGAUGCACAACAAAGAGGCUAUGUGGUGGGACAAACUCUGAGCAACUGGACAACAAGAACUGAGCCUCAGCAGAAGAGUACAAAAACUGAUGUGUUGUUUUCUGGCAAGAAAAACCUCUCGGUGGUAUCUGUGUUGGAUACCUUGUCAGGAGAGAGAGUUAGUUUUCAUGAAGCUUUAGAUCGUGGAAUUGUGGACCAUGAGGGAAAAACAUACAUCAACCAGAGAGCAGGAGAAGUGAUGCCAAUCAUGGAAGCAGUUUCCAAGGACUUUGUAUUGGUCAGAGAUAUGGAUGCAAGUACAACGACAGCCAAGCAGACAGAUUCUCUCAUGAGGAAUACUAUCACUCAGUCCUACUCUGUGAAAGUUGACUCUGUAGUAGAUCCAAGCACAGGGAAAGAUGUUCAUCUUUCAACUGCUAUCAAAUCAGGAAUCUUUGAUCCCAGAGCAGGAAUUGUGAAGAACAAGAUAACUGGAGAAGAAAUACCCAUCAGUGAAGCUCAGCAAAGAGGUCUUUUAAAAGAGAAUCAACCACACAUGUGGACACUGUGCACCCAGUUGAAUCUGAAGAAGAUACUAUGCAUGAAAUCAGUAUAUGACUCAAUGUCACAACAGUUUAUUCCAGUAAAGUUGGCAUUGGAGAGGGGCAUAAUUGAUGUCCAUUCUGGAAUCUACAAACCAGGUGAUGGAAAGAAAAUGUCCAUACCACAAGCUGUUAAAGAUGGCCAUAUCAAAACUGCACGGGACAGCAGAGUGCAUAGUUUAGGAAGAGUGCGACACCAUGAUAUCAUUGUUGAGAAACCUCAUAAAAGUGGUGGUUUCAUGCAGUCAGAUUCCUUUGAUUUUAGAAGAUUUCGGGGAGACAAUGAAAUAAUAGUUGGAUUAAAGAAAUGCAGAGUGAGCUCAGUUCUGGAUACAAAGAAACACCAAAGGAUUACUCUAGAGGAAGCUGUGAGGAGAGGAAUUGUGGAUCAUGAGCUGUGUAAAUUCCUUGAUCAGAAGACUGGACAGACUCUAGAUGUGGCUGAGGCUGUUGACAAAGGCUUCAUUAUUCUUGAAGGUGGAAGUCACUCUCAGGUUCCCCUUGUAACAUCAACAUUCCAAGAUGUGUUCUCACUGAAGUCAAUCCAAGACCCUGUUACAAAAACAGAUAUUCCCAUAGAGGAAGCUAUAAGAAGAGGGAUAUUUAUGCCAGACAAGGAACAGGUGUUGAAUAUCAGAACUGGUCAGACCAUGACUGUAGAAGAGGCCAUUAGUAUGGGAAUAGCAAAGACUGAUUCUUCAAAUAAAUCAUUUAGUGAUUCACUGGUUGUUAAAGGACAGGUGCUUGAAAGUGUGAAAGAUCCUAUUUCUGGAAAAAAUAUAUCAUGUAGUGAAGCCCUCAGGAAAGGUAUUAUAGAUGUAGAGAGGGGACUUUAUUAUGAUCCCAAAACUGGAGUAUCAAUGUCAUUGACUGAUGCCAUGAAAAGUGAUUUAGUUAAAUGCAAAGGUGGUAUACCUGGUACUUCUGAAAAGACUACCAAGGAUCAGAGACAACUGAACAUUGGUCUUGUGCUGGACACUUUGACAGGAUUGGAAAUUCCAGUGAACGAUGCCAUACAGCGAGGAAUUCUAAAUCCAGAAAUGACGACCUAUACCAACUUAAAAACAGGAGAGAUCAUGACUAUUGAAGAGGGAUUUCAAAAAGGUCUCGUAUCAGGGAACCUUAAAAGAGUCACCACAACCAAAUCUGAGUCAAAAACUAGCAAACCUGAUGCCAAGUAUAAUAUCACAGGAGUAGUAGAUACACUGACUCAUAGAUUUCUUAGUGUACCCGAGGCAAUCAAGUUGGGGAUCUUGGAUAAUCAAGGGAAUUUCAUGGAUCGAAAAACUGGAGAAAUCAGCUCUGUUGCCAGUGCAAUGAGGCGUGGUCUUGUGGUAGGAGAUGAAAUCACAUCAACAAAGAAAAGUGUUAGAUUUAAAGAGGCAUUGCAAAAGGGAUACAUUCAUACUCAAACUGGAAUUUACACAGAUCCUAACACCAGUAAGAUGUACACAGUUGAUGAAGCCAUUUGCAUGGGCCUUCUAUCAGAUGACAAAGGAGAGUCCUACAAGUACCUUCCACCAAAGACUGAUGGAUCUUCUAUGACGUUCCAAAAUGCAAUUCAAACUGGGAAAAUCAAUUCAAAAAACGGGAUGUUGGGGGACAGGGCUUCGAGGGAACUUUCUGUUGAGGAAGCCCUAGCCAGACAAGUUCUGUCCCCGUUGUCAAUCCAAUCCCUAAAAUCGCCACAUAAAGAGGAGAAAAAGAAGAAAACAAGGUUUGCCAAUGGGCAUUCUGAUGACAGCCUCCAAAGCUCUUUAGACAGGUACCCAAAAGAAAGGAUCAUUCCAUUGCAGAAGAGCUCUGUUAUUAUUGUCAAAGGUGCAGAAGUUCAACCCAUGUUGGUGAAUGAACAAUUUUCCUCAGAUAGCACUAUGCCAGAUGACACAUUCAAAGAAAAGGCAAAAAAGAGAAUAAAAUCAUCAGAGAGUAGCAUAACAUCCCCAUCUCCACUGUUCCUGGAAGAUGCUAUCAAACAAGGAUUUGUAGAUAAAGUGACUGGAAUCUUCCAUGACAAAUCUUCUGGAGACAUGUCUGUGGAUGAAGCUGUCAUCUGUGGGUUUUUACUGCUCAGUGAACCAGAACCUUUAGAAGAUUAUUGUGUUCCUAAUCCUGACUCUCCCAUUUCUAUCUCUGAAUCCAUUUGUAGUGGUAGUCUCAAUAUGAAAACAGCAGAAUUCACAAACUUAAAAACAAAUCUUGUGCUUCCUUUGCAAACAGCUUUACAGCUUGGUUACAUUCAGGCAAAAAUUAGUCCUGAUUAUGAUAUAGAGAGUGAAAAAUAUUCUGAUAAGACUCUUGUGAUAAGUAAAGAGGGUUCCCCUUUUAAACCUGAGGCAAGUAUUUUGUUAGACAAGGAUGGUAAAAGUAUAUCUAGAACACACACAGAAGUGAUCACCACAUCUGGAUCUGCAACCUACAGUGUUCCUCCUGGCUUCAUUGUGGAUUCCUCAGGUCAAGUGGUGGAUGUGACAUCAGGAAAAACCAUGACAAUGGAGCAGGCUGCGUCUGCUGGCUUGGUGGAGGUGGAUUCUGUAGAUGGGUUUUCUGAUAUUCAGGUAGUGGGGGCACUCCCUCCCUCCUCUUCCUCGGUGGAUGGUGACAUAUCUUCCUCCUUUUCAUCCUCAACUCUGCCCUGCUUGGAUGAUGAGACCAGCAAUUGUAUUCCCAGUGACUCCACUUUAACCAAUGGACAACGUGCCACCUCACCUAUGUCCCUGAUUCAGUCAAUCAAAAGCAAUAUGUUAAAUUCUAAGUCUGGACACUUCCAUGACCCUAGUUCAGGUACUGAAUUUUCGUUGGGGGCUGCAGUUAAACAUGGACUUAUCAGUGUUGAUAGAACUCUUGUGAGAACUUCCAAAAAUGGAGAAAUAAUGGACUUUGAUGAUGCUGUAAGUAAGGGUAGUGUUGACACAAAGAACUGUUCGAUAUUUAAUGAGGAUAUUCAAAAAUGGAUCACAUUUGAAAAUGCUAUUCAGGAAAGCUUGAUUUUAGAAGUUGGAAUGGACUCAUUUGGUGAUUCCCUGCUCAAACAACAAAAUUCAAAAAGAAAAUUGUCCUAUACGCCUAAGUCUCACGAAUUUCAUCAAGUUAAUUUCUUGGAUAAAAAAAGUGGAAAAUAUAUGUCUUUUAGUGAAGCUCAAACUAUGGGAAUAGUGAAAGUUUUUAGCAUGGACCAGAAAGAUGGAAAUCAUUUACAUAUUCAAGGAUGUUUUGUUAAAGACAGUGAAACACAGAAAUGGUUGUCUUUUGAUCAUGCCUGUGAUAGGGGUCUAGUACAGAAUAAGGACAGCAGGCCAAAAUUGAGCAAGCACACAAAGCAUGUGAAAUUCUUUGAUGAGGAGAGAAGAAAAAUGGAGAUGAGAGCCAAGAGUAAAAGGAAACAUUCCAUAGACCUGUGUGCCUCAGCAGAUUUACCAGUGAUGCUUGUGGAUGUGAUAGAAAGUGGACUCUAUGAUCCAUCCAAUAAUACUGUGAAAGACAUAGACACCUCAGAGUCUGUGCCUUUUCUGGAUGCAAUUCAGAGAGGUCUGGUUCAUAAGGAUUCUCCUGUCAGAGACCCUGUCAGCCGAGACAUUUUGACUCUGGAGGAGGCCAUUGAUAAACGAAUUAUAGACCCAUUAUCUGGAAGAAUGCUGUUGUCUUCAGGUCUUCCAAUUGCUUUAAAUUUUGCAAUUGUCAAAGGGCUCAUUGUGAGAUGUAAAAAUCCUUUCUUUCUGACUCUUUCUGAAAUCAUUGAAGAGGGACUUUUUGAUGAAUCCACUGGAAUGUUCAUCCAACCAGACACAGAGGAACAGAUUUCACUAUCAACAGCUGUUGUAACUGGGAUGGUAGACACAAACUCCAUGAAAGUGAGGAACACAAACACAGGAGAAAUCCAUAGCUUUGAGUCAGCUAUUGACAACAAUCUUAUAAACCUCAUUGCAGAUGAGUGUAUGAACUGUAAAAGUGGAGAAUGGGUUCCACUUAUUGACUGUGUUGAAAGAGGGAUUCUCCUUGAUACAACCAACCAGCCAAAGUAUGGGCUGCUGGAAUUUGAGGAAGAAUGUGUGAAUGAAGGAGUGUUUGUUGAUCCCUCCUCUCAAUACAGCAUGUCUCUCCAAGGUGCCAUGGAUGCUUGUAUUUUAGAUCGAGAUGGAGUUCUUGUGAGGGAUUUAAAAACAAAGCACCUGCUCACAUUGGAUGGAUCAAUCUUUGAAAAUUUGGUUGAUCCUUUGUCUGGCGAGUACAUUUAUCCUGAUGGGAGAAGGAUCUCAUUCAGUGAAGCAGUAAAUAAGGGACUUCUGAUUCAAAACUUGGGAAGCUCAGACUUGAACCUUGUUGAUGCUAUUCAUGAAGGAGUGUACAACAAUGAAACUGGUAAAUUCAUGGAUCCUAGAAAUGGAGAACUUUUAGGAAUGAAACAAGCUAUAGGAAACAAAUUGAUUAACUGUAGUGACAUUGUCAUAAAGAAUGCCAGAUAUCAGAAAUUUUCAAGUGUUGAAGAAGCUGUGUCAUUAAGAAUCCUAAAACUAGGAACAAGCGAGAUCCGUGAUAACGAUGAUAAUUUUAUUGAUCUGAAAACAGCUCUUAGUCAGGGAUAUAUACAGCAAAAGUCACCUAAUGAACCAGUAAAUCUGUCUACAGCUCUGGAAAAAGGAAUGUUUAACAGAGAUUUAAAACAGUUUUUGGACCCUGUAUCACAAGUGUAUUUGUCACUGACCGAUGCCAUUGAAACAAAUGUGAUAGAUCCUCAAAGGACUCUAGUAAAAGACUCUAAAUUUGAUCUCUAUAAACCUGUUAAUGUUGCUAUUCAGGAGGGCAUUGUUAAUGAUUCAGAGUGCUCAGUAUUAGAUGUGAAAUCUCAAACAAAAGUGGACUUUUCAACAGCAAUAUCCCAGAGACUUAUGGUGGAAAUGCCUGCUCAAGGUUUCUGUCUUGUUGAUGCAGUUCAGUUAGGAUUAUUUCAACAAAGUUCUAAUUUAUUUUACAAUCCAUGGACAGAGAAGUGUUGUAGUCUGCAGGAUGCUAUCUCCUGGGGUCUUAUUGAUGAAAAACAGCCUCAAGUCCUUGUAGUGGACAAAGGAAUUCUGACAGUAGCUGAGGCUGUAGAGCAAGGCAUAUUAGAUAAACAGACUUGCAUGUAUCAAAAACGUUUCACACUUCCUGAAGCCAUUUCUAAGGGACUUGUAUUCAAGGUUGGUCAAAGAACUGUUCAGUCUAUUAUUUCUGUUGUGCAAGAUUUACUGAAGGAAACAAAUGCCAAUUCAUCUGCCAGAGCAAGAUAUAUCCUUGAUUCUGAUUCAGAUAUCUUAAAAAGAAGAGGAAUUUCAAAGCCAUUACUUGGGUUACAAAGAGCUGUUGAGGAAGGGGUGUUUGAAAAGCAUUGCUGUAAGAUGUUUGAUCCAAGGAUUGGAUCUUCAGUGACUUUGUCUGAAGCUGUGAAAACUUCUCUCAUCCACAAGACAAGGUCCAGAAUACUGAAUCCUGAGACAAAAAAGUUCAUUUCAUUAUCAGAGGCACUGGAAAGAGGGAUUAUCAGUGGAAAGACUGGUUCAAUUCUAGACAGAAUUCAUAUGAAGAGCUAUCCACUGGAAAAAGCUGUAGAGGAAGGCAUGGUUGUAGAUGUUCUUUUCUCCAAAGUUACAUUAGAUGAGGCAGUGCAUUAUGGACUCUUGAAUUUGACCACCCUUCGUGUUCAGAGCUUCUACAGUGAUGAUAGGUUCACUCUGAAAGAAGCAUUUGAAAAUGAGCUCCUGGAUGUCACCAAUACUCUGAUUAAAGACCCCACCACUGGAACAGUCAUGACCCUGAGCAGAGCAGUAGAAAUGAAGGUAUUUAACCUACAGACGGGGAAGCUGACAUCAACAGAUAAUCAGUCCUACAAUAUUCUGGAGGCUCUGCAACAAGGAUACAUUUUAAAUGGUAGAAGUUUCUGUGAACAAUUGCCGAUUCGUUCACACCCAAUCACAUCUUCAGCUCCCUUGGAUUUCCAGACAAGAAUGACAGAUUCCAGAAAAGCAAGCAGUGAUGAUAAAGAACAAAGAAAAAGGGCAGUUACCUUUAAAGAGGCCCUCCAGAGGGGUCUUGUGGAUAUUGAAAGAUGUAUGUUUAAUGAUGUUUCCAAAUCACAAAACAUUCCAUUGACAAAUGCUAUUGAUAUAGGUCUUCUUGACAUAUCCUCUCAGUUAUUCCAUGAUGAACGUGAAAAUGAAAACAUUCCACUACAAGAUGCUAUUCAGAAGGGUCUUAUAUCUCUGAAUGGUGUGAAUACUUUGAAGUCAAAGUGCUUGACUCUAAAUGAAGCAAUACAAAAAGGAAAACUUUUUAACUGCACACAAUACAGUGCAUCCCCAGGCAUCACCAUUAAAGUGCAUGAUGUGGAGAAUGACCCAGACAAGGAUCUUUUGGCAAGUUCCAAAAGUCUUUCAUCUUCACUGGAUUCAAUUCUCCAAUCAAUAAAAUCCACUGGGAACAAAUUUCGACUAGGAACACUUUACUGUGCUCUGUUAAACAAUCUAGUGGAUAAAGAUACAGGGAAGAUCAUAGACACUGUGACAGGAAAACAAUUAUCUUUGAUGGAAGGAAUACAUAAUAGUCUGAUAGAUGGAGAAGCCAAAGAAGUAGUCGAUGACAGUACAGGGGAUAUUUUCUCCCUUGAAGAAGCAAUAUCGGUGGGCAUCCUUGAUGGUGUACAUGGGACUUAUAAAGCCAAGAUGUCACUAAUUGAGGCUUAUGAUAAAGGUCUCAUCAUUGAGAGACAGGAUACUGAUAAAGAAAUGGCAAACUCUGUUGAAAAUUAUGUGCAAGAAAUCUUUCUUGGUGACUCUUCCAGAGGAAGAGAUAAACUACACAAGGCCUUCUCAUCUGGUGUUCUGAACCAGGCCAAGUCACAUGUCAUAGAUCCAGACACCAUCCAACCAAUCACAUUAAAGAAAGCAGCAAGUCUGGGAUUGAUAGAUCUGAGCACUGGGGAAUUCAAGAAUCCCCAAUCUGGUGAGUCUAUGACUAUUUCUGAUGCAAUGAACAAGGGAUAUAUCCAAAGUCCAAAAGGAUUAAGUUUGUACAGUGCAGUUAAUCAGGGACUUUAUAAAGUUGAAAUCAGAAAAUUUGUUGACCCUGCAACAGGAAAGGAACACAAUCUCAGAGAGAUGAUUGAUAUGGAAAUUGUUACACCACUGUGUCAGGAAAUUAAAGACCUAUUACAUGACGGAAUUAUUGUCACCCUGCAGACAGCCAUAGAUAGAAAAAUAAUAGAAAAAGACCAGAAUGUGUAUGUGAAUUUGCUAACGGACCAAGUGUAUGAUUUUAAUGAUGCAAUAGCAGCAGGUCUAAUUAUAAGCAACAGUCCAAGGGAGGGAUUAAGAGAGAGUGAUCAUGCAUUUGCAGACAUUACCCUUCAAAAUGCAAAAAGUCUAGAACAGAUGCGAUUCAGGUACCAGGCUGAAACUCCAUUUGGACCCAUAAUGACACGAUCAUUCACACUUGGAAAUCCAUCAGGAGGUGGUAGUUCAUCAGAUUUAUCCACGACGGAUUCUUCUAGUACAGAUAAAAAAGACAACCCUGUGUUCACCAUUCCUCUGACUUCAGAAAUGAUUCGCAACAUCAUUGCUACAGGCAAACUGAGGAAAGACUCUUUGAAACCAAAAGAAUCUCCAAGUGAUGAAGUGUUCAGUACUGAUAAUAGUAGGGUCAUGGAAGGUGGAGGUCCAGAGAAUGCUGGGAAAAAUGUUGCCCCAGAGAAUCAUGGGAAAACAGCAGACAAGGGGAAGAGAUGGCCAGUGAGAGGUUGGAUGCACAAGGGGCAUUUAGUAGAUUCCUGUGACAAACUCAUUCAAGACUUGAACAAUGAACUCAACUGGUUAUCAGACACAGAACAGCUUCUGCGAGAUGAUCAGCCAAUCAGUGAUGAGGCUUAUAAGGUCAAAAGUCAACUUGAAGCUCAAAGGGCUUUCCACAAUGACAUACAGAAACAUCAGCAGCCUAUCCUGGCAUUGGUAUACCAGACAGAACAGCUACUGGAACAUCAUCAAGAGGAGCUAACUCCAGAACAGGUCACACAACUCCAGCAGCUGGCAGACAACCUUAAAUCUAACAUGUCCAAGGUUCAAAAGACAAGUGAAAUUCGCUUGAAACACCUAUCAACAGCAUCGGAUGAAGUGACCAAGUUUGAGGAGGAACUGACCAAAUUUGAUGAGUGGUUGAAACAGUCCACCAAAGAACUGGACAGACAAGAGGAACUCAUCCGCGACCUAGAUAACUUCAGCCGGGUCAUGGAACAACAAAAGGCACUGAUGAAUGACAUUAUUUCCCAUCAAGCUGACACCAGAUUUAUGACAAUGUCAGUUCAAAAGUACAUGGAAGAGGCAAAGCUGCAUAAAUUGGAGGUAGAUGCAUUCAAAGCAAACAGAAAGAAGACAUCAAGGUUGAGCUGGAUUGGAAUGGAAGGCAUGGAUGCAGAAAUGGUAGGAAAUAAGCUGAGGGCAGAGGUGGCUAAGUACGAUGAACUUAGCUCCCAGUGUGCCGACUUUGGUGAAAAGCUUGGAAAUCUCAACACCAAACAAAGGGAAUUCAAUGACAAUACAUUUAAACUUCUGUCCUGGUUAACUGCAACAGAAGAAAAACUGUCAACUUCUAAACAAGAGUCAAAUACUACUGAUCCAGACAUAUUACGAGAACAAUUAGAUUUGAUGAAAUCUCUUGGAAGUGAUGCCUUGUCACAAGGUGUUCAUUUAGAAGAAUUAGAAAAGCUGGCAAAAGAACUUGUAUCCAAUUUACAUAACCUGAGUGUCAUUCCAGCUCAUAUCACAAAAUUCCAAGAAAUUAUUCAAGACAUUGAGGAUAGACAUAAAGAGGUCACGAAAGAAAUCAACGACAGAUCCAACAGCUUGCAGACCGCGCUUACUAAGUCCCAGGAUGUAGAGGAUGCCCUUGACAACCUGCUGGUGUGGUUGAGAGACACAGAAUCAGCCCUGGAUAAUCAGAGGCCUGUAAGCCUCAGCAGGGAUAACCUGAAUGAACAAUACCAAGAAAUCAAACUUAUCCAAUCAGACAUUGUCAGUCAUAAGCCUAGCAUCGAGGCCAUGAAACAUGAUGCCCAUGAAUUGAUCAAAACCUGUGAAUUGGACAUGGCUAAAUCUUUGGAGUCAAAAUUAGAGGACUUGGAUGAUAAGUUCUCAAAUGUGAACAAGAAGUGUCAAAACAGGAAUAAAGACAUGGAUGAAAUAUCUGAAACACUUUCAAAUUUCCAAGAAACCAUGGAUAACUGCAAACAGUGGUUGGGUAGGAAUUCAGAGGAGUUAGAAAGCAGAGAAUGGGGCAAGAAAUCCAGUGAAGACACAAAGGAAAAGAUUGAAGACUUAACCAAACAGAGGAAGAGCAAAGAAAAAGUGGUAGAAGAACUCACUCAGCUGGGUCAGCUUUUGAUAGAAGACCCCAGAACUGGAGAAGUUUCUGCAGUGAAAGAAUCUCUAGCAGAUUUACAGAGACACUGGACAGAUUUCUUGGAGAUUCUAGAGGAAAGACAGCAAGAAACCCAGGAGAAAGAGAAACAGAGGAAUGAGUACACAGACAGUAAGAAAGCCAUUGUGGAGUGGCUGACAAAAAUGGAGAACACCGUGGAUGGCUUUGAACCUGUAGCAGUGGACAUAGAGGUGGCCGAAAAACAGAUAGAGGAGCUGGAGCCUCUCCUUGAGGAGUAUCAGGAGUAUGGACCAAUCCUGGAGGAUGUUAAUGAUGCUGGCUUUGCCUUUGAUGCCACACAGAGUGAGGGAUCUAGACCUCAGAGUCCAUUCAGGAGGAUGAUGAGAGGAAGGAGAUACCAAGGUUUGCUCUCACCAAGACUGGGAAGUACCUCUCCAACCUUCCCCUACCCUUCCUCUCCUACAAACAUCCUGAGCCCCUCCAGUGAUUCCAGUGGUAUCAGCAGCAAGAAGAGCUCUUUUGACAACUUCCAGCUGGAUGACCUAUCAGAGAUCCAGCAAGAGUUGGUAGACAUUAAUCAGAGGUAUGACAUCCUGGGAGAGCGGCUAGCAGACAGACACCAGGAGCUGAGGAAUAUUGUGGAGAGUAUGAAGAGUUACCUACAGAACAUGCAGGAACUCCUGACCUGGAUAGACCUCAAGGAACUGGACCUAAACAUACAGGGGGGACUCCCCACCAGUGAAAGAGAGGCAAAGAAGCAGCUCAAAGAGCACCAGGAAUUCCAUGCAGAACUUCUCGGAAAGGAGAAUCUAGUAUCUGACAUUAGAAAUAAAGGACAAGAACUUCUCAAAACCAAACAGGGAGUACCUGGACUAGAAGUGUGCCAUCAACAACUAUCAGAGCUAGACAAUAAGUGGCUGGACAUUAAAGUCCUGUCUGAACAGAGAAGGAAAUCCCUGGAGGAAAUGGUGAAGAACAUCUCCGCCUUCAAAGACGCCGGAGUUCAUCUCCAGAAAUGGAUUGCUCAGAAGGAGAAGAUGAUGGCAGUUCUGGGCCCUAUCUCCACAGAGAAAGAGAUGAACCAGAACCAAGUGGAGCAGGUCAAGUUACUGACAGAAGAAUUCAAAGGUCAAGCUCCUCUUUAUGAGAAAUUCAUCCAAUCUGGACACACAAUCCUGGAUCUGUGUGAAGCAGAUACUAAAGACGCCAGUCACAUCAGCGAGAAAAUGGACAUCAUCAGCAAGGACUGGAGCAGGUUAGAGUCUCGCCUACAGGAGAGAGGCAAGGCUCUGAAGUCGGUAGAAGGGCUCAGUCUAGAAUUCAACGACAUCAUGAAGACUGUUCAGGACUGGGUGGAUGAUUUCUCAGACAGGGUGGGGAGUAUCACCCCAGGGAUGUUGUCACCAGAGGAUAGGGAAGCAUACCUGCAGGAACUCCAGGCAUUGGAUUCAGAGUUGAACAACCAGAAACUUCUAGCACAGAAAACUAAAGACCUCCAUAAAAAAUUAUGUGAUGUAACAAAAGACCCCAGCACUAAAACAGAAUUGAAACACAGAAUAGCUAACCUUGAAAAGCAACUUAGUGAUGCAGAAAAACAAAUUGGUGCUAAGAGGGCAGCUGUUGUCAAAACCAGUUCUGAGGGCCAUGAGCUGACAGACAAAUGUCACGACAUGCUUGACUGGUUAUCGGACAUCAGGAGUAGACAGGAUCAACAACAGCCUGUGUCAGGAAAUCUUGAUAUUCUCAAAGAACAGGCACAGCAACAAAGGAUUCUGCAUAAAGAUUUGAUUGACCAUGAGCCAGAAAUCAAGGACCUCCUACAGAGAUGUGAAGGUUUAUUACAAUCCAUACCACCCUGUAAGGAAACUCAAGAUCUGGAGGACACGGCAGAGGAAAUUCGGGCAGAAUUUGAAGAGCUGAAACUAACUGCACUGGAGCAUGACCAAAAACUUGAGGCCAGCAUAAAGCAUGCUCAGUGCUUCCAGGACAUGCUUGAUAAGCAGUUGCUUUGGUUACAGUUCAGUCAGGAUAAACUAGAGGGAUUCCAAACAACGGAACUCCAGAGGGAUGUUAUUGCUAAGAAACUCAGUGAUGCACAGAGCCUGAAGGCCGAGGUCAGUGCCAAUGCUCCAGAGCUACAGAAAUUACAGACAGAAGGAGAAACUCUAGCUGACCUUGUGGAACAAGAUGGUGACAUUGCUAAGGAGGCCAUUCAAAAGGUGUCAGAAAAAUGGCAGGUGCUGGACCAAGGAGUGACGGACAGGGUGAAGAGCUUGGAGGACCUGAUGCAGAAACUGGAUGACUUCCAGUAUAACAUGAAGGAUUACAGAUCUAAUUUGGCAAAAUGUGAAGACUCACUGACAUCCCACAGCAAAAUGGGACCUGCUGCAAAGGACCCCAAGCAUGCAGAUAAAAUCAAGGCUCUUCAAGAUGAAGUGGAUGGACUUACACCGCAGAUGGAUUACCUAGAGGCUGUGAUUGAAGAUCUGAGUAACACAGGACAUGGUACGAGAGAUCUGGAGAGAGACCUCCAGAAUCAGAAACAGAAGCAGGGGAAUCUACAGAGUGAUAUUACUGACCUCCUCACUGAACUGGACGAGGGAAAUCAAGUGGUCAAUGAAUUCAAAGAUGAAUUGUCCUCUCUUGGCACCUCUCUUUCUGGCCUUGAGGCAGACUUUGGUUCCAUUGGACCUGCUAAGAGAGAUGAGAAUGGACUUAGGGCUCAGCUCAGAGAAGCAGAGGAAUUUUUGUCCCAGCUAAAUUCCCUGGAAGACAGAAUUUCAGAUACAGAAGAGAAAGGGAAGAAUUUGGAAUCCUCUGGCUUUAUCACUGAUCCUCAGCUGGUGGAAGUCCCAGUUGAUGCACUGAAAACUCAGUUUGGUAAACUCAAGUCUAAAGCUGAGGCCAGCAGAAAAGACAUUGAAGACAUGAUUGAUUUGCUUGACCGAGUCACUGAUGAUCUCCGGCGAACCAGAACAAGUAUUGACAGAGCCUCAGAUGAACUGGACAUGCAUGAACCGGUGGGAACUGAUGUUGCUGCCAUCAAACGACAACAAGAUGAACUUCAGAUGUUUGAAGGCUCUGUUCUGGAGCCCCUACAGAAGAGGGUGGAGGACGGAAGUUCCAAGGCUGAGAACCUGAUACAGACAGCAGCACCGGGGGUCAACACGGAACAGCUGGAACAGGAGCUAGAGAGUCUGAACGACAAAUGGACCGACCUCAAGAAAAAGGUGUCUGACAGGAAGCACAACCUGGAAAAUAAUUUACUACAGGCUGGAAAAUUCCACGAUGCUCUAGACCAGUUACUGGUUUGGCUGAAGGACACAGAGGAAAUGAUAGCCAAUCAAAAGUCCCCAUCUCCAGACUACAAAAUCUGUAAAACACAGCUGCAGGAACAAAAGUUUUUGAUGACCAUGUUAGAAGACAGAAGUCCUAGUGUCAAAUCUGCCAAAAAUUCUGCGGAGUCCCUGAUGAGAGGCCUGAACCCCCAGGAACAGAAAGGAAUCCAGAACCAGGUGGCUCAGCUAGAGCGCCGCUGGGAGGCUGUCUGCUCCACAUCGCGGGACAGACUGGACGUACUGGAGGAGAUGCUGGGGCUCUCCAAAGACUUCCAGGAUCUGCACGAACCCCUGACAGCCUGGUUAGAGUCCGCAGAGAAAAAGUUUGCCUCACUGGAGCCGUCAGCGAUGGAUACAGAGGGAAUAGAAAAUAUAGUUGUUUCUCUCAAGGACAUGGAAAAGGAGAUUCUAUCAAAGGCAGAUGAAGUUAAAGAUCUUGCACUCAGAGGGAAAGACCUCCAGGAUUUCUGCAAAGGCAAUGAUGUUAAGGCUGUGCAGAAGAAAAUUGACUCAGUACAGGCAAGAUUUACAGAACUGAGAGAGAAGGUGCUGGAUUCCACAGAACAAAUGGAGGAAGCUCUGCCAUUGGCCAAAAAUUUCAAUGAAGCUCAUGCAGAUUUCCUAGACUGGGUGUUAAAAACAGAGUCGCAGCUUCGUACCAAAGAGGCCACAGGUCAAGAGGCAGAGGAACAAGUGCAGAAAUUCAUGGAAAAACUACAAGAAAUUCAGCCAGUCCUUGAGGUCCUGAGAGAAGAUGGGGGUAGCCUGGCAGACCUGGCCCCAGGGGAUGCAGGUCUGAAAGUGGAGGAAACCAUGAAGAAGGACCUCCAGCGUUAUGAUGCAGUCAGUGAUCAAAUUCAGCGCAGGUCACAGAAAGUCUCAAAAUCCAAGCAGAGAUCAUCAGAGAUUGUUGGUAACAUCACUGAUUUGCUUGACUGGUUUGAUGAAAAGGAGAAGAUUCUGACCAACUCUCCACCAAUCAGUACUGAGCUUGACACACUGGACAAACAACUCGCUGAUGCCAAGGUGUUGAAUGAAGAAAUAGCUGAACAGAAAGGAAAUGCACGAGACGUAAUCACCCGUGGUAAGAAAAUGAUGAGGGAGAGUUCACUAGAGCAUGACCCCAGACUCAGAGAGGCAGUGGAGGAUCUAAAAAAUAAGUCUGACCUGGUGUGGAAGAUGGGUCAGGAAAGACAGAGAACUUUAGAACAAGCUUUCCCAUUGGCUAAACACUUCUGGGAGACAAAUAAGGACUUGUCUGAUUGGUUGGCAGAGGCUGCUGUCAUUGUGGCAGAUUUAAAAGUGAUGUCCAUUGAUGCAGAACAGGUCAAAAAACAGCAAGAACAGGUCAAGGUUUUGAAGCAAGAAGUCCAGGACCAUAAACCAGACAUUGACAGAUUAAACAAAACUGGAAGUGCUCUCAUCAAGAUGUGUGGAGAACGAGAGAGUACUCAGGUCCAGAAAAUCAUUGACGACCAGAACACAAAAAUGGAAGAUGUCAAAAACUACCUCAAGGACAGGUCAUUGUCCAUUGAUGAAGCUCUCCAGCAAUCUGCUGAAUUCACUGAUAAGUUGGAGGAUAUUCUGGAGACCCUGACCUCUACUCAUGAGAUGGUGGAGAACGCUGAGCCGAUCUCUGCCCAUGCAGACAAAAUUAAGGACCAACUGGCUGAAGUCAAGGCAUUUAUGGAGGAUGUGGACUCCAGACAGGCUGCUCUGGCUUCAAUCAAGAACAAGGCAGAGGAACUGAUCCGACAGGCCGGAGACAAAGAGGACAGUGCUGUACAAGAUGUGAAGACUAAGCUGUCGGAGCUGACUGACCUCUAUGACAACAUCUGUCAGCUGUCCACCACUCGCAGUAAGGACCUGGAGGACACUCUGGAGGUGUCAGAGAAGUUCUGGGAGGACUACAACAAUCUGUGUACCACAGUGAAGGACCUACAGGAUCAGAUUACCUCCCAGGAACCCCCGGCACUGGAGCCGGCCAUCAUCAGGGAGCAGCAGGACCUUCUAGAGACUCUCAAAGAAGAGAUUGAAGCAACCCAGGUUGACCUGGAUGACUUCAACAUGACGGGAGAACAGCUGAUGACCAUGGUCGGUGAACCAGAACGACCAGAAGUUCAGAAGAACAUGGAGGAUGUCACCUCUCAGGUUGGCAGUGUGACAGAGAAAUAUGAGCAAAGGGCAAGAACUCUGGAAGCAGCUCUGGAGAAAGCAGUGCACUUCCAAGAUGAACUCAUGAAAAUCCUUGUGUGGCUUCAGAAGAGAGAAGUGCGAUUAAGGGAGUUCACUCCAGUCGGCUCCGAUUUUGACACCAUCAAAGUCCAGUGGAACCAAGUCAAGGAACUGAAAUCAGAAGUGGAACCUAAGCAGGUGGACAUAGAGUCACUGAACCAGAAAGGUCAGGAGAUGGCCAAGGAUGCCCAGUCCUCUGACCAGAUGGUGGUGAAGGAGCCUCUCUCCUCUGUCAACAGAAGAUGGGACAACUUGCUGGAGGGAAUAGGAGAAAGACAGCGAAAUCUACAAAUGGCCAUGCUGAAUGUAGGACAGUUUGAACAUGCACUGAAUGAGCUGUUAGCUUGGCUGGACAAAACUGAUGAGACUUUGGAUGAUAUGUCCUCAUCUUUUGGAGAACCCAAACAAAUUGAAAUUGAACUGGCUAAACUUAAGGUUAUUCAAAAUGAUGUGGAUGCUCAUCGUGACAGCGUGGACUCAGUAAAGGAAGCAGGAAAAAGAGUCCUGGCAACAGAACACGGUGGUGAUACAGCAAUUAAAAGAAAACUCGGCGAUGUUGAUGAACUUUGGGAGAAGGUUCAGAAGAAAUCAGCCAACAAAUUCAAACAGAUGAAGGAUGCCCUGAGAGAGGCUAAGACCUUUACAGGGGAGCUACAGGAUCUUCUGUUACAUAUUUCUGAUUUGGAGGGAAACCUCAUUUCAUCCAAUCAGAUCGGUGGAUUGCCAGAGACUGCUAAAGAACAACUAGAGAGAUUCAUGAAUCUGUAUGAGGAGUUGAAUGAGACAGAUCCCAAAGUCCAGAAAACUGUAGCAGACGGUGAAAACCUGAUCAGCAAAAGUAAGGACAUCUCAGCCAACCACAUCAAACAAAACAUGGAACUGCUGCAGAAUAGAUGGCAGAACAUUAAAAUGAGAGCUGCAGACAAGAAGAAAAAAUUGGAGGAUGCCUUGAAGCAGGCAGACAAUUUCCAUGAGGAUCUGAACAGCUUCAUCCAGUGGCUGACAGAGACUGAGAAGACAUUGAACAACCUGGAGCCUGUCAGUCGUCUGCUGGAACAUGUCACACAACAGAUCGAGGACCAAAAGAUUCUCCAGAAAGAUAUCAGUCACAACAGAGAGAAGAUGAUAGCCCUGGAUAAGACUGGUACCCACCUCAAGUACUUCAGUCAGAAACAGGAUGUCAUCCUUAUCAGAAACCUUCUAUCCAGCAUUCAACAUCGCUGGGAGAAGAUCGUGUCUCGUAGUGCUGAGCGCACCAGGCACCUAGAACGAGGCUACAAGGAGGCCAAGCAGUUCUUUGUGAUGUGGAAAGACAUGAUGGAGUGGAUGCAGCAGGCAGAGACUUUGUUGGAUACGGACACUUCUGUCAGUAAUGAUCACGCUACCAUCAAGGCACAGAUCGCCAAACACAGGUUCACAUUAAAAGUAGAGAAAGUCGGCACCAUGAAGGCCAAGUGGAACUCACUCUGUGCUAAAUCAGUGGACAGACAGCGUAAGUUGGAGGAAGCUUUACUGUUUGCGGGUCAGUUCUCGGAGGCUCUGCAGGCCCUUCUAGACUGGCUGUCCAAGGUCGAACCCACCCUGGGGGAGGAUCAGCCUGUGUACGGAGACAUCUUCACUGUCAACAACCUGAUGGAAAUCCACAAGGCAUUCCAACAUGAAUUGGGAGCUCGUUCCAACACAGUGGCCUUUGUCAGAAAAAGAGCCAAGGAGAUGCUGGACAAAUCAGAGCAUGACACAACCCAACAGCAAGCCGAGCUUAUCGAGCUCACCACAAUGUGGGACAGGAUGUGCAAGCUGAGUGUGAAUAAGCAAGAGAAGCUGGAACAAGCUCACAAGCUGGCUGAAGACUUCCACCAGAAGGGGCAGGCCCUGUUGGAUUGGCUGUCCUCUGCUGAGAGACAACUGAGGUACCGAGGAGCCCUGCCUGAGGAGGAACUGCCACUCCUCAAACAAAUCGAGGAACACAAGAAAUUUGAGGAGGACUUGAUGAGACAAGAAGCCAAGUUAAGAGAGACUCUCAGUAUCGGACAGGAUAUCCUAAAGAGAUGUCACCCAGAUGCUCUAACCACCCUGAAACACUGGCUCUCUGUUCUACGAGCUCGCUGGGAAGAGGUGACAGCCAUGUGUAAACAGCGUGGCAUCAAGUUGGCAGAAGGCCUCCAGACAAUGAGACAGAAUAAUGCCAUUCUGGAUGAUCUGUUGGCCUGGCUGAAUGGAGCAGAAGCCACACUGAUGGGUCUGGAUCAGGAGCCCAUUCCAGGUGACAUCCAGGUCAUCAUGGAUCUCCUCAAAGACCACCAGGAUUUCCAAAAUGACAUGUCCUCCAAACAGCCUGAUGUUGAUAAACUGACAAAAGGGGACCGCAGAAGGGGGACUUCAAUGUCAGAGCCUGUGUCACAGAUCCCUGUACUGAAGGCCUCACCCUCAGGGAGACACACGCCAAUCAGGACCCCAAGGAAAGACCCCAGUGGAAGGAAGACCCCAGAGCCUGUGUUCAGGAACCCCAGGGUUGGAGCCCUCUUUAUGAAAUGGAGGACUGUUUGGUUAAUGGCCAUGGACAGACACAGAAAACUUCAGGAUGCACUUGACUACCUCAAAGAGGUUGAAAGACUUAAGGACUUUAAGUUUGAUGACUGGAGGAGGCGAUAUCUACAAUUUAUGAGACACAAUAAAUCCCGAAUUAUGGACAUGUUCCGUCGGCAAGACCAGGACAGGGACGGAAGGGUCACGAGGAAGGAAUUCAUUGACGGCAUCACCGCUACCAAAUUCCCGACAAGUCAGCUGGAAAUGGAAACAGUUGCCAACAUGUUUGAUAGGGAUGGGAGUGGAUUGAUUGACUAUAAAGACUUUGUUAAUGCCCUCAAACCUGAUAGGGAGCCCCAGAAGCCAAUCACAGAUGCUGAGAAAAUUACAGACGAAGUCAAAAAUCAAGUCUCCAAGUGUACAUGUGUCAAACAAUUCAAAAUUCACAAGAUUGGGGAAGGAAAAUACAGGUUUGGAGAUUCCCAGAAGCUCCGCCUGGUGAGGAUUCUCCGCAGCACUGUGAUGGUCAGAGUCGGGGGUGGAUGGGUGGCCCUCGACGAAUUCCUUGUCAAGAACGAUCCAUGUAGAGCUAAGGGCCGUACUAACGUGGAGCUGAGAGAACAGUUCAUCCUGGCUCAGGGGGUCAGUCAGUCCAUGAGUCCGUUUGUCUCCAAGAGUCCGAGCGGUAGUUCACAUUCAGGAAGCUCCACAUACUCUGGAGCCUCAUGGAGCACGAGAUCACCUAGUUCAGCUACAGGACCCAUUACCAAAGUACGAGAAAAGACAGUUCACUCAACACCAUGGCGACAGAAUGGUGGGCGGUUGACCCCUGGCCCCGACGGUGAGGUCAGACAGAUCAUGUCCCAUACUGGUGUGGACGGCACACCAAAAAGACCCCGACAUAUUCCAUCUCCACGUAAUGUUUUCAGUCCCGCUGUUCCUGGAAGUGGGAGAUCAAGUCGAGCGAGCACAGGGGGUGGCAGUCGUCCACCAAGUCGAGCAGAUAGCGAAUGUUCAGAGGUCAGCGAGCCCGAGAUGUACACGACAGUCCAGCACGAAACAAAAUCAGCUGGUGGACGUAAACAAACUGUAGUGACUUAUCAAACUCACGUAGUCAAAACAAAGACUGUAGGAACACCCUCCUCUGCCAAAGGAUCGAAAAUACCAAAGCCCUCGUCAGCACGGAAAAAGUGACCGUUAGAGAUCGUGUGAUUUACUGAAACAUUCCUCACCUCAGUCACCUAGGUUUAAAAUGACAAGACAAUCGGUGAUAUACUCAUGAUAAUCAAACAGCUGAUUACACUGGCUUAUACUGCUCUUAAUUACACGUAUGUAAUGCUAAUAUGGUGCUGUGCUUAUAAUCAAUAUGUCAAACGUGUAUGGAAAAGCUUUAAUACCUGACCUCAUUUUUAGAAAUGCCAGAAUAUGUAUUAUACUCAAGUAUUCUGCAUUUUUUGUUAAUUAUGUACAUCAUUGAAAUUUAAUGUACAAAAUUAUUUUGUCAUGCAUUUAUGUGUGAAUUGAAUUAGUAUCUGCCUUCCAACAAUGUGUUUGUGUACACAUGGUUGUUGAGUCAACCAUUUUAGUGUUGAGUUCCAUUCUUUAGAUAUUUUCUUAAUUCUACAUUAGAGCUCUGUUAAUUUCAGUACCUUUGUUAUCUACUUACUGCAUUAUUAAGUUUUAUAUGUUUUUAUGUGUUGCCAUAGAUUUUUUUGUGAUUUUUUUUCAAUCACUUGUAAUUCCAUUAUGAAGGAAAGCAACACAUAUCAUUUUUGAGGCAUUUUUUUUAAUAUUGUGCUGUACUACAUGUGCUAUAUUUAUCAUAGAAACAUUUAGCAAAAGAAUGGAGAUAUUUUUUGUUGCAAAUUUUGAAUAAUUUGAAAUAUAUUUGCAAAGGAAAGCUGAAGUAGAAAUUUUUAAGCAUCAGUUUUCAGAGUAAAUCUGUUCAGUGUAGACUUUUUUCAGUACAAAAAAAUAUCAAGAAAUGAUAUUAUGCUGAUUUGUGUGGAUUACUUUCUGCAAGACAUGUGUUGUUGUUUUACAUUUAGUAAAGUUUUAUUUAGUUACAAAAAUGAGAAGAAGUAGGCAUUUAGUUUUAGUUUGUUCUAUUGCCAUCUUAGAAUGGAAAGACGUUAAUUAACACAUUCAGUGUUUCAUAGGUUUAAAGUUCCCCCAUACAUUCAUUAAAUUUUCACAAUAUCUUCCACUGAAAGAUGCUUCAGUGGGUUGCAAAUCAUCUAUUUAUUAUAGCAAAUUGUGAUACAAUUAUAUUUUAUUAUGUAUAUAUUGAUUAUGUGCAGUUUUGUUAACAUUAUGUUUGGCAUCAUUGUCAGCUUAGUAGGCAAUGAUUUCUGGGGGAUGUAGUCAAACCUAUUGAACAAAGAAUAUGAAUAUUCCAGUUAUAGAAAGGUAACUCUUACUUUACCAUGUUAAAUCAACACUUAAAGGGGUUUGGAAAUGUAAGCAUGUACUCAAUGUAUUUUGAAGUAGCCUGUGAUUUGCAUGGAAGAGAUCAAUUUAUCCAGUAAUUAAGGCCUGCACACAAUUUUAAUUGCAAGAUUAUGUUCUACAAUAAUGCUAUGUACCAGUUUAAACUUGUACAGGGUGUUGCUUUAAUGCAAGUAUUUUCAAUAAAAGUAUAUAGAAUCUCA